AAGAUGCUUGCUGAGGAGAAGAAGUAGAGUGGAGGAUUACAACACGAGGAUUACAUCAGGCCAUUACAGGAAGAAGUACCAUCCGAGGAUGGUGAAUGUGGCAUUUUGAUAUAGCCACCUUAACCAAGGAUACUAUUACGACUUAAAUUACACAUCACACGUUCGAGUUACUCACAGCGUCCCACAUAUCCUACCGUUCCAUGAAGUUCUAGAGAGCACCUGUGACUGAUCAAGAUUGGAUACAGAACACCACCGGCCAAAGACUGAAGCGGUGACACAUUUCCAUGUGAAUGGUUGUUUCAUCCCAUCUGGAAGGAGGCAAACGGGCCGCGGUCGGGACAAGCAGCGAGGAAGGGAUCUUCUUGCCGACAGCAACGGUUUGCUUUUCGAGAAAUUUCGACGCUAUGUCCGGCGAAGCAGGCGACGACGAACAGAAAUCUGUCCCACCAGUCGAGCCCGUACCACCCCCGGCACCAUCAGAACUCGACAGUACCGAACCCACAGGUGCUUCCGGAGACCAUUCUGCAGCCGGUGCAGCAGCUGGAGCAGCAGCGGGAGCAGCGACCGGCGCAGCAGCAGCAGGUGCAACAACAGCACACACCACGAACCCUCUCGACCCAGCUCAUCAGCAACCGCCCAUCAUCUACACGAUGGCCUCCCCCUACUUCGUCUUCCCCGGCGGCGGCUACGCCGCCCAAACCACCACCACCUUUUUCCAGGCCGCGCCCCCUCCGCCCCCUCCCCCUCCGCCGCCGCCGAUGCCGAUCGUAACCAACACCGUCACCACCACGACCUACCUCACGGGCGGCUUCGCACCUCAGGCAGCUCCGCCCCCGCCGCCUCCCGGUCCGGUCACUUACUACCCCGUCCCGGUUCAACAGGUCCAGCAGGCUCCGCAGGUCGUCAACGGAUACACGUACAUGCCCGGUGGAACGGUGUUGCCGAAUAGCAGUGUUGUGGGAGCUGCGCCGGCUCCGGCUCCGGGUGCACAGGGACCGCCGCCGAUGGUUAUUUGUGUUGCUCCUUAGUAUUGAGGUGGCAUUUUCGGCUCCUCGACUGACGACAUGGAAAGGAAGGGAAAGGGAAAGGGAGAAUAAGGGAUAAGGGAGGGGAGGGAAGGAGUGUGAAGGGAAGGGAAAGAGUUGAAGGAGUGAAUGGAACAUGGAGGACGAAAGGAGGAAAUUUGGAGCGACACAGUGAAUGAAUGAUGGAAGAG